AUGCCUGCGCCGACCGCUUUGAAGAACGCAGAGGAUGCCCCGCCCGCUGUGGACGUUCCGCUCCCAGUUGAAGAGAACGACGAGGAGUUCCUUUUAGAUGCGCCUGACGCCCUUCCUACCGAUGCGAAUGUUCUUGUGCCUGUGGAGGAGAGCAAUGAGAAUGGAAUGGCUAUCGAUGAGGAAGGACGGCCUCGAUUUGCGCCCGCCAGAGAUAUUGACCCAGUCACCCGGGUGGAAACUCGCAAGAUCCCUAUUCCUCCUCACCGAAUGACGCCUUUAAAACAAUCAUGGACUUCUAUCUACCCUCCUCUGGUCGAGCACCUCAAGCUACAAUGUCGAAUGAACAUCAAGCGAAAGACAGUCGAGUUGCGAUCAUCGAAGCAUACCACUGAUACUGGGGCACUGCAAAAAGGAGAAGAUUUCGUCAAGGCGUUCACUCUCGGGUUUGACGUGGACGAUGCCAUCGCGCUGCUGCGACUCGACGACCUCUACAUCCAAACUUUCGAGAUUAAGGAUGUGCGAACAAUGCACGGUGACAGCCAGGCCCGUGCCAUUGGACGAAUUGCUGGAAAGGAUGGAAAGACCAAGUUUGCUAUAGAGAACGCCAGUAGAACCCGAAUUGUGCUUGCUGAUUCAAAGAUUCACAUCCUGGGUGGGUUCAAGAACAUCCACCUUGCUCGGGAGUCAGUUGUGAGCCUGAUUCUCGGCAAGCCGCCUGGCAAGGUAUACGGCAACCUCCGAACGGUUGCGGCACGAAUGAAGGAGCGCUUCUAA